AUGUCGUCGCAGCGCCGUGGCUCGCACCAAGUGGUGGCCAGCGCGGAAACGCCGCUAACCUCGACCGAGGCUGUCGAGUGGCUCAAGCAGCGGCUGGACUUGCUGCCAGGCUACGAUGAGGACCGGUUUGGGCAAGGCCACUACAACGUGCUGCUGCACUUUCUCUCUUCCCAUGGCGCCGCUACUGCAUUUGCCUACAUGGACGAGGUCCCACCGCGGACCGAGCCUGCAACGUCUGGCGCGGCCAGCGAGACGACCGGCCCGGCCGGCCCGUCGGGCGCGUCGUCGACCGGCCUCUGGCUCCACGUCGUCAACUCGCUGCCGAACGACUUUUCGCUGCCGACGCUCUCGCGCUCGCCGGUCCUUCUGUACUUUGUCAAGCGCGACGCGUCCGAGGCAGCGCUGAGUGCCGGAGCUGGCGAGCCCGAUGGCGAGCCCGCGCCGCACGCCGGGGCAUCCAGCAACGUCGUCAUCUGGUCACCGGCCCGCCUCCGGGCCUCCAUCCAGUACGGGACCGUCCGCAAGUCGGCGCUUUCCUCGCUCCUCUCGUCGAUGCAGGCUGUCCACAUUCCGCGCUUCCUCACCCACAACCCGUGGCCGUCGUCGGUCCAGCGCGAGUUUGCUGACAAGCUCCACCGCUUCAUGGCCUCGCUCACCGAGACUUCGUCGGCAGUCAACUCGUCGACCAUUCUGUACGUGCCGCGUGAGAACGUGGCCGAUCCUGCAACUGCUGCGGCCGACAAGGACCUCGUCCAGCGGCUGCAGACUGCGCUUGUCCACUGGACCCGGCAGAUCAAGACUCUGCUCUCGUCGUCCAACGCGUCGAAUGCACUCUCAUCGCAAGGCCCGCUCGAGGAGCUUGAGUAUUGGCGGCUUCGUGCGCUCGAUCUCUCGUCGCUUGAGCGCCAGCUCAACUCGCCGGGCGUCCUUGCCAUCGUCAAGGUGCUCGAGGUCUUCCAGUCGUCGUACCUCGACGAGUUCCGGACGUACGCCGGCAAGAUCGAGUCUGAGGCUGCUGUCUCGCAGAACAAUCUCAAGUAUCUCUCCGCGCUUCGCGCCCCGUGCGAGGCGCUUGCGCUCGCGUCGCCCAAGGAGCUGCCCUCGAUUCUCCCGUCGGUCCUCAACGCCGUCCGGCUGAUCUGGUUCAUUUCUGGCUACUACAACACUCCGCAGCUGAUGGCCAACCUCCUCUCCAAGAUUUCGAACGAGGUCAUCAACCGCUGUGCGUCGGCAAUCUCGGUCGACGACAUCUUCCGCGGCGAUGUGUACGCCGCCAUGGACGCGCUCAACGACUCGAUUGCGGCCAGCAAGGCGUGUCAGGACCAGUUUACCACCCUCCACCGUCGCCUUGUUCGCCUCACCCGGCACGAGCCGCGCAAGUGGGAGCUUACCGACUACACCACCAUCUUUGCCCACGUCGACGCCUUUAUCCAGCGCUGCGCUAACCUCCUCGAGGUCUGCGAGUCGCUCGUCCAAUUUGGCCGCAAGGCUCGCGGCGGCCGUGUCCGCCCGCUGCCGGCCUUUGGUGGCACCCGCGGACCACAGAUUGCCCACCAGCUCGAGGGCAUUGAGGCCGCCUUUAACGAACUCGCCGAUAAGCUCUUCCACAAGCCGUACGACAUGCGCGACGUCAAGGUCACCGAGUGGCACGAGGACUUUCCGGCUUUCAAGGAAGGCGUCAAAGACCUCGAUCGCAUGUACCAAAACGUCAUCAACUCGGCAUUCUCGUCGGUCUCGACCGUCGCCUCAGGCAUGGAGCUGCUCGAGGUCUUCUCCUCGCUCGCCACCCGCGACUCGAUUGUCCACACUGUCAUGCUCUGCGAGGAGACGGUGUACACGCUCUUUGCCGCCGAUCUCAACGCGGUCAAGCACCACUUUGACUCGCUCAAGCGCUCGCCGCCGCUCCACUCGGACCAUCCGCGCUACUCGGGUGCUGCCAUCUGGACCCGCACGCUGCAGAACCGCGUCAAGUCGCAGUGGCUGGCCAUCAAGAACGCCACCUUUCUCAAUAACCGCGCUCGCAUGGCCGAGCUGGAGUCGCAGUACGCCGUCUUUGUCAACGCGCUUGAAGAGUACAUCAACAAGCUCUUCCUCGACUGGAAGAUCUCCGUUGAGGACCUCGGUCCACUCACCACCAUGCUCGAGUCCCACUUGCUGAAGCGCGAUCCCGGCUCACGCCUUCUCACUCUCUCGUUCCCGGCUCCGCUCCUUUCCAUCUUUGCCGAGGUCUACUACUGGGAAAAGCUUCGCCGGACCGACGUGCCGGCGACGUGCCACGACAUCAUCUCGCAGCGUGACGCGCUUCGGGUCCUUCGCGCCAACGUUGCCCUCGUUGUCUCGGACUACAACGACAUUCUUUCGUCGCUCACCCCGCGCCAGCUGGCGCUCUUCUCCGAGCGCAUCAUGGUCCUCGACCGCCGCAUUGCCCACGGCAUCAAGACCCUCACCUGGGAGUCGGCCGGCUCCAUCCUUGAGUUUACCCGCGAGUGCCGCAAGCAGGCCGCCGGCGUUGCAUCGGUCGUCUCCGAGUACAAGGGCAACGAGGCGGCGAUUAAGGAAAAGUGCCGGCUCAUUGCCGUCAACCCGCUCGUCCUCAUUGGCAAGACCAAGUACGAGGUUGCUCGCUUCGCCACUCGCCAGGCCGAGUACCAGGCUCUCGUCCGCGAGCAGCUCGUCACCCGCCAUAAUGAGAUCCGCGACCUGCUCAUUGCCACCUACGACGCCUUUAAGGACGACUCGCAGACGGUCCAAGAUGAAUGGGAUGCGUUUGUGGAGGAGGUCGACUCGUGGGUGCUUGAGUCGCUCUCGGCGACUGUCAAGACCUCGCUGCUCAAGAUCAAUGCCGCCACCUGUGGCUCCGGCCCGGGCGCCCCGCCGGUCUCGCCGCUCUUCUUUAUGCACGCCGACCUCGACGACUCGAUCCAGCCGGUCUUUGUGCCUUCGCUUGACGAGCUCAUCAACACAGUGCUUGUUGUGGAAAAGAACAUCAUCGAGUGCGUCUCGGUUGUGCCGCGCCUCUACGGCACCAUCCGCCCACUCUUUGCCGUUGCGUCGGACGACGAGGCCGACGAUGACGACGCGAGUGGCGACGGCGGCUCGUUCUCGCGGGCGCGCGACGGCGGCUCGUUUGACCGCCGCGCCGCUGCUGCCGCCCGCGCCGCCGCCGCCGCCGCAGAGGCAUCAGCAGCGGCCGCUGCGCCAGGCCCAUCGUCCGGCCCCAGCGCCGACGAUGGCGAUGCGAGUAGCGUGGCUUCGCGCGAGAGCGGCGACUCUACCGACGACAUCGUCGACGACGACGACGAGACCUCGUUCUACGCCAUCAUCGCCUCGACCGAGGCCUACAAGCAGCUCAUUCACUCGACGCUCACCUCGAUGUCGUCGAUCCGCGAAAAGCUCGAGGCGUUGCAGAACGAGUGGAAGAAGAAGUACCGCGCCAUUCUCCACGACCAGCAGCGCAACUUUAUCCAGCGUUACCGGACCCAGCAGUCGCGCUCGCUCUCGGCCUUUGACACUCACAUGGGUCUCUUCCGCCAGCUCGACAACAACAUCAUCCAAGAGUACGAGCAGGUCCAGGUCGACUUUGUGCAGCUUGUCUUUACCGCUCUCAAGGCCAGGUGCCGCACGCUCUGUAAGAACUGGCAGGAGGAGCUGACGGGCGUGCUCAACGAGUUUGCGCUCACAGAGCUCAACGCGCUCACCGCAUACUACGCCGACAACACGGCGGCGCUGGCCAAGAAGCCCGAGACGCUUGCACAGCUCUCGUACGCCCUCGAGCUGUACAGCAAUGUCUCGCAGGAGCAGCCGACUGUUCAGGCCCGGUUCGGUCCGCUGCAGGAGCAGUACGAUGCGCUCACGCGGUACGAGGUCGAUGUGCCUCCGGCCGAGCUGGCGGCGCUGGCGGCGCUUCCGGCAGCGCACGCUUCGUUCCAGGAGACACUGGUGCGGACCAAGGACUCGCUCGCCGAGCACAAGGAGUCGUUUAAGGCCGACCUCCGCCACUCGGCCGAGGAGUUUGUCGCCAAGGCCGAGACGCUGCGGGCCGACUUUCUCGCCCGCGCGCCGUUUGGCGCUAACUACGAUGUCGACACGGCGAAUCGACUCGUCGCCGAGUUUACCGCUGCGCUCGACGAGCUGCGGACCCGUGAGGUGGAGCUUCGCGAGGGACUGGCCAUGUUUGACAUCGACUGGCCGCCGUCGAAGGACAUUGCGGCUACUGCGCGCGAGCUCGACUGGCUGACCAAGAUUUGGGAGCUGACCACCAAGUGGAACCGGUCGUGGAAGACAUGGAAGUCGAUGAAGUUUGCUUCGCUUGUUGUCAAGACCAUUCCCACGCGUGUGGCCCAGGUCAAGGACACCAUGCCGCUCAUCACCGACCUCAAGAACCCGGCCAUCCGCCGCCGUCAUUGGCUCAUUCUCAUGGACGAGGUCGGCGCCGUAUUUGACCCGGCGUCGGACGACUUUACGCUCGAGCGCAUCAUUGCCCUUGGCCUUGACCAGUACCGCGACAUCAUUGCCCAGCUCUCGCUCUCGGCUACCAACGAGCUCGCCAUCGAAAACGAGCUCAAAGCCAUCGAGACGGCGUGGGCAGCGACGACGCUCACGCUCGAGCCGCACAAGGCCGACCACUACCGAGUGGUCAAGACCGACGAGGUGUUUGCGCUACUCGAAGAGCACAUGAUCUCGCUCUCGCACACCAAGUCGUCGCGGUACUACGCCGCCUUUCAGCCGCAGGUCGAGCACUGGGAGAAGACGCUCACCCACGUGCUUGAGACGGUCGAACUCAUGCUCCAAGUCCAGCGACACUGGCUCUACCUCGAGAACAUUUUCAUGGGCCCCGGUGGCGAGAUCCGGCGCCAGCUCCCGACGGCUUCGCAGAUGUUCCAAAGCGUCGACUCGAACUGGCGCAUCGUCAUGGAGCGGCUGUCGAAGAACCCGAACGCCAAGGACGGGACCCACAUGGACGGCCUCUCGGACCUGCUCUUCCGCAUGAACAAGGACCUCGAGACCAUCCAAAAGUCGCUCGACCAGUACUUGGAGACUAAGCGGGUCCAGUUCCCACGGUUCUACUUUCUCUCCGACGACGAGCUCCUCGAGAUCCUCGGCUCGACGUCGGCGUCGUCGGGCGACGCGCCCGGCGGACCCGGCACCAAGAAGCCGGUCGAGCCCAUCCAGAAGCACAUCAAAAAGUGCUUUGAGGGAAUCCAGACGCUCGACUUUAUGGUCAAAGAUGCUCGCAAGAUUGCGUACGGCAUGAACUCGCCCGACGGCGAGAACGUGGCCUUCUCCAAGCCGGUCUACGCCGAGGGUCCGGUCGAGGAGUGGCUCCGUCACAUCGAGGACAUGAUGCAGACGACGCUCAUCAACGAUCUGAAGAAGACCCACGCCGCCGUCCGCAAGCACCGGCGCGGCACGUUUGAGUCGCUGCUCGCGGCCUGGCCGGGGCAAGCGCUCAUCACCGCGUCGCAGAUCAUUUGGACUGCGGCGUGCGAGCGCCACAUUGCCGACUAUGCCGCCGGUGAGAAGAAGGCGCUGCGCAACCUGCGUUCCAAGCAGCGGCGGACUGUGCAGCGGCUCGUCGACACGGUCAUGGGCCCCAUCUCGCGGCUGGAGCGUAAGAAGCUUGUCGCACUCCUCACCAUCGAGGUCCAUGCCCGCGAAGUCGUCGACAAGAUUGUCAAGCUGGGCACCCGCGACCUGUCUGACUUUGACUGGCAGCAGCAGCUUCGCUUCUACUGGGACGACAAGAACCGGCUCUGCCUUGUGCGACAGACGCUCGCCACCUUUGUGUACGGCUACGAGUACCUCGGCAACUCGGGCCGCCUUGUUGUCACCGACCUCACCGACCGGUGCUACAUGACGCUCACAACGGCGCUGCAUCUGCAAAAGGGUGGCAACCCGCAGGGUCCGGCUGGAACAGGCAAGACCGAGACGGUCAAGGACCUCGGCAAGGCGCUCGCCAAGUAUGUUAUGGUCUUCAACUGCUCCGAAGGCCUCGACUACAAGUCGCUCGAGCGCCUCUUCUCUGGCCUCGCCCAGACCGGGGCCUGGUCGUGCUUUGAUGAGUUCAACCGUAUCGAGAUUGAGGUGCUCUCGGUCGUCGCCCAGCAAAUCUCAUCCAUCCUUGCCGCCAUCCACCUCUUUGCCCAGUCAUCGGGUUCGGGCUCGGGCUCGGGCUCGGGCGCGGUAGCGGGGGGCGGCGCCGGCGCCGCAGUUGCUGGCGGUGGCGACAGCGGCGAUACAGGGCCAUCGGCUGCGAGCGCGAGCAGCGGUGGCGACGCUGGAGCGAGUGGCGGUAGCGGCCAGAGCGGGCCGGACGGCGGCGCGCCCGAGUGGCACAUCAAGUCGCCGACCAACUUUUUCUUCACCUUUGAGGGCAAGAAGAUCCGGCUCGAGCCGACGUGUGGUAUUUUCGUGACGAUGAACCCCGGCUAUGCCGGGCGGUCCGAGCUCCCGGACAACCUCAAGGCGCUGUUCCGGCCGAUCUCGAUGAUGGUGCCGGACUCUGCGGCGAUUGCCGAGAUCAUGCUCUAUGCCGAGGGCUUUAGGCAGGACGGGCUCGCGCGCAAGAUCACGACGCUGUACAAGCUCGCCAAAGAGCAGCUCUCGCAGCAGGACCACUACGAUUUUGGCCUCCGCGCCAUCAAGUCGGUUCUGGUCAUGGCCGGAGCGCUCAAGCGGUCGGGCGCGGUCGAGGACGAACAGGAGGUGCUGCUGCGGGCACUGACGGACAUGAACCUGCCCAAGUUUGUGGCCGACGAUGUCCCGCUCUUCCUCGCCAUUCUCUCGGACCUGUUCAACGAGACAACGCUGACGCCGGUCGAGUACGGUCCGCUGGAGGUCGCCAUCCGGGCGGCGCUGGCGGACGCCGGCCUGCAGGCGACGCCGGCGAUCAUCACAAAGAUCGAACAGCUGUACGAGACGAAGAAGACCCGACAUGGCGUCAUGAUUGUGGGAGAGACUGGUUCGGCCAAGACGGCGGCGUGGCGGGCGCUCGAGACUGCGCUCAACACGCUGGCGUCGGGCGUGAUCGAUGUCGGCAGUUCGGAGACACCGUUUUGCAAGGUGCAGAGCGUGGUGCUCAACCCCAAGGCGGUCGACCAUCCGAACGACCUCUACGGGUACUACAACAUCUCAACUCGCGAGUGGACGUACGGCAUUCUCUCGCACAUCAUCACACGAGUGUGCGAGAUGGACUCGCCUGACGAGCGGUGGGUGGUCAUGGACGGGCCGGUCGACACGCUGUGGAUUGAGUCGAUGAACACGGUGCUCGACGACAACAAGAUGCUCACGCUCAACAACGGACAGCGGAUUACCAUUCCAGACAAGGUCUCACUCUUGUUCGAGGUACCGGACCUGGCGGUGGCGUCGCCGGCGACGGUCUCGCGGUGCGGCAUGGUGUACAUGGAUACCAAGGAUCUGGGGUGGAGGCCGCUGGUGGCGUCGUGGCUGGCGCAUGUAGCCCCGGCCAAGGCCGCGCCGCUGCUGGAGAAGCUCUUCGAUAAGUACGUCGACCCGCUGCUGGCCUUUGUCAAGUCGUCGUGCUCGUCGCUUGUUGCUGUCUCGGAGCUCAACAUGGUUGCCGCGCUCUGCGACCUGUACGAGGCGCUAGCCACGCCGGCCAACGGCGUGAACCCCGACGACGAGGACUACUACAAGCGGAUGGUGGAGCUGUGGUUCCUCUUCUCGCUCAUCUGGUCGCUCGGGGGGUCGCUUGACCAGCCGUCGCGAAAGCUGCUGGACAUGGAGCUGCGGCAGAUCGAGGGCCAGUUUCCGGCCAAGGACACCGUCUUUGAGCACUACGUCGACGUCAAGUCGAAGAAUUGGGCCCACUGGUCCGAGCUCAUUCCGCAGGGCUGGCGGUAUCCUGCCGACGCGCCGUUCCACACCAUCAUUGUGCCAACGGUCGACACCCUCCGCAACACUUUCCUCAUCAAGGCGCUGCUGAUGGCCGACAAGCGACCGAUGCUGGUGGGCGAGACCGGAACCGGCAAGACGUCGGCGGUCAAGGCCGUGCUGAGCGACCGGUCGCUCGCGGAGCGGUAUUCGAGCAUGACCAUCAACUUCUCGGCGCGGACCAACGCGGCGCGGACCAUGGCCAUCAUCGAGGAUGCGGUGGAGAAGCGGACCAAGGACACGUACUACCCCAAGGGCGGCAAGCGGAUGCUCUGCUUCAUUGACGAGUUCAACAUGCCGCAGAAGGAGGAGUUUGGCGCCCAGCCGCCGCUCGAGCUCAUCCGGCAGUGGAUUGACCUCGGGUUCUGGUACGACAAGGUUCACCAGUCGCAGAAGAAGAUCCGUGACAUGCGGCUGGUGGUGGCCAUGGGUCCGCCGGGCGGCGGGCGGAACACGGUCGAUCCGCGGAUUAUGGCCCGGUUCAACGUCCUCAACAUUGUCUUUCCGUCGGAUACUCAGCUCCGGCGCAUUUUCUCGGUCCUCCUCGGCCAAAAGCUGCAGGACUUUGAGGAGACGAUCAAACCGCUCGGCGAGGUCAUGGUCUCUGCCACGCUCGAGCUGUACAACUUUGUGACGGCGACGUUCCUCCCGCGGCCGGCGAGCUCACACUACCUGUUCAACCUCCGCGAUCUGUCCAAGGUCUUCCAGGGCCUCCUCCGGGCACAUCGGUUCUUCUACGACGAGAAGGACUCGAUCAUCAAGCUCUGGGUCCACGAGAACUUCCGCGUCUUCCACGACCGCCUCAACUGUGCAGCCGACCGCGAGGCGUUCCGCUCCGAGAUGAGCGACAAGCUCCUGACCCGGUUCUCGGUCUCGUGGACAAAGCUCUUUGGCCGGCCCGAGGUCGACCCGCUGUUUGGCGACUUUAUGCGGACGUCGUCGACCGACGAGGACGUCUACCAGGAAAUUGCGGACAAGGCCGCGCUGCGCGAGUUCAUGGAGGAGCGCCUGAGCGACUACAAUGACCAGCUCUCGGUUGUUCCGAUGGAUCUUGUCCUGUUUGACGAUGCUAUUGCGCACGUGACGCGGCUGGUCCGCGUCCUCAAGCAGCCGUUUGGCCACUGCCUCAUUAUCGGCGUGGGCGGGUCGGGCCGGUCGUCGCUCACACGGCUUGCCACGUUUGUGGCCGAGUACUCGCUGUUCCAAGUCGAGGUUCGCAAGGUCUACCGGCUGCCCGAGUUCCACGACGAUCUCAAGAAGCUGUACAACGCGACAGGCGUGAGCAACAUUCCCACUGUCUUCCUCUUCUCGGACACCGAGGUGGUCGAGGAGGGCUUCCUCGAAGACAUCAACAACAUGCUCUCAUCGGGCGAGGUGCCGAACCUGUUUGCGCCGGACGAGCUCAACGCCAUCCGCGACGCGAUCCGCCCGGAUGCGCUUGCAGCUGGCGUCAUCGACUCGCACCCGACGCUGUGGGCGUUUUUCAUGGAGCGGGUGCGAGCGAACCUGCACAUUGUCAUUACCAUGUCGCCGGUGGGCGAGGCGUUCCGCAACCGGCUGCGGAUGUACCCGGCACUUGUGGCAUGCACCACCAUCGACUGGUACUCGCAGUGGCCGCUCGACGCACUCGGCGAGGUUGGUGCCAAGUACCUUUCGGACAUUGAUGUCGGCUCGCCAGAGACCGAGGCGGCGCUAGCCUCGGUCUUUGUUGACGUCCACGCCUCGGUCCAAGCAGCGUCGGCGGACAUGGAGGCGACAAUGUCGCGGGUCAACUACGUGACGCCGUCGGCGUUCCUGGAGCUGGUCACCGGGUACGUGGCACUCCUGAGCGAGAAGCGGACGGUGCUCAACGAUGCGGCCAACAAGCUCCGCAACGGUUUGCUCAAGCUCCAGCAGACACGCGAGGACGUCGAGGCGAUGUCAGUCGAGCUGGAGGAGACCAAGGCCAUGGUCUCGGUCAUGCAGAAAGAGUGCGAGGAGUUCCUGGUCAUGAUUGUGCAGCGGCGGCGCGAGGCGAACGAGCAGGCCAAGCAGGUCGGCGCGGACCAGGAGCGCAUUGCCGCUGAGGAGAUCGAGGUGCAGGCCAAGGCUGCGGCGGCACAGGAGGUGCUCGACGAGUCGAUGCCUGCGCUGCAGGCCGCCGAGGAGCAGCUGAAGUUCCUCAAAAAGGAGCAUCUUGCCGAGCUGCGGGCGCGGUCAUGGUGCUGCUCAAACUUUAUCACGCGUGUCCUCAACUACCCCAAGGACUCGAUUCCAGAGUCUGUAAUGAGGAAGAUUGGUCGACUGCUGGCGGACCCCAACUUUGCGCAGGAUAAGAUCAAGAAGGUGUCGUACGCUGCGGCGCUGCUCGCGGGCUGGGUGCGGUCGAUGGAGACGUACGGCAAGGUCUAUCGCGACGUGCUGCCCAAGAAGAUGGCAGUGAAGGAGGCGUCGGAGAUUCUGAAGAAGAAGCAGAGCGACUUGCGCGAGGCGCAGGCGCAGCUUGAGUCGCUCAACACCACCAUGGCCGAGCUCAAGAAGGAGCACGACGAGCGGUCGCAGCAGCGCGACGCGCUGGCCCGACAGGCGGCCGAGACUGAGACCAAGCUCAACCGCGCGGACAAGCUGGUGAACGGACUCUCUGGCGAGCGCGAGCGAUGGGAGACAGCGAUUGCGUCUUACGAGGAGCAGAUCCAGCUGCUGGUUGGCGACUGCCUCAUGGCGUCUGCUUUUUUGGCGUACGCCGGUCCGUUUACCUCGGACUACCGUGAGUCGCUGCUUGCGUCAUGGGCCAAGUCUGUGGCGGCAACCAAGAUUCCGGCGAGCGGCGACUUUUCGUUUGCGGACUUUCUCUCCAAGGCCACCGAGGUGCGGCAGUGGAACAUUUUCAAGCUUCCGUCGGACUCGUUCUCGACCGAGAACGGAGUGCUGGUGACGCGCGGGCGGCGGUGGCCGCUCAUGAUUGACCCGCAGGGCCAGGCCAACGCGUGGAUUAAGAACCUGGAGAAGAAGGCGCAUCUCAUUGUGCUGGACCUCUCGAUGUCCGAUUACAUGUCGCGGAUUGAGUACGCCAUCAAGCAGGGCACGCCGGUCCUGCUCGAGAACAUUGGGACGGAGCUGGACCCUGCGCUGGACCCUGUGCUCGCGCGCGAUGUCAUCAAGCGCGGCGCGUCAAUGACGCUCAAGCUCGGCGACACAGAGGUGGAGUACAACCCUGACUUUAGGUUUUACAUGACGACAAAGCUGCCGAACCCGGUGUACUCGCCCGAGCUGGCGGCCAAGACGACGAUGGUCAACUUUGCGGUGAAGGCCAAGGGGCUGGAGGACCAGCUGCUCGGGUAUGUUGUGCGUGCGGAGCAGCCCGUGCUGGAGAAGCAGAAAGAGCGGGUGGUGAUCAACACGGCUGCCGGACGGAAGCGGCUGGAGGAGCUCGAAGACGAGAUUCUUCGGCUGCUGGACACCGCCAAGGGCUCGCUGCUCGACGACGAGAAGCUGGUUGAUGCGCUGCAGUCAUCAAAGACGACUGCCGAGUCGAUCAAGGUCCAGCUUGCCGAGUCUGAAGAGACGGAAGUCCGGAUUGAUGUUCUCCGUGAGGCGUACCGGCCGUCUGCAAAGCGUGCUGCUAUUCUGUUCUUUGUCCUGCUCGACCUCUCGCGGGUCGAUCCGAUGUAUCAGUUCUCGCUCGACACGUACAUCGACUUGUUCUGCAAGUCGAUCGUCGCGUCGCGAAAGGCAUCGACGUCGGACGGCGAGGGCACAGGCGGGAGUGGCGGGCUGGGCGGCGGGCCUUCGGGUCUCCUCGGCGGAGCCGGCAAGUCAGCGUCGGGAGCCGGGCUGGACGUCAUGGCGAUGCCCGGGGCGGACGGCGGCGAGGGGCCGGGCGCAGGGAGCGGCUUUGGCGGCGCGACGCGUGCCGAGAUUGCCGAGGCUGUGGCCGAGCGGGUGGAGGCGAUUAACGAGUUCCACACGUACGCGGUGUACUGCAACACGUGCCGCGGGCUGUUUGAGAAGCACAAGCUCCUGUUCUCGUUCCACAUGACGGUACGGAUUCUUGGCGGCGACGAGAAGAUUUCGCUGCCCGAGUACGACUUUCUCCUCCGCGGCGGCCAGGUGCUUGACAAGGAGCUCCAGCCGGCGAACCGGUGCCGCGAGUGGCUGCCUGAGCAAAAGUGGGACCACAUUACGGAGCUUGACAAGCUGCCUGCCUUUGCGGGGCUUAUCCACUCGUUCGAGCAGCACGGACGCGAGUGGCGGCGAUGGUACGAGUCUGCCGAGCCGGAGGAGGAGACGCUGCCUGGCGAGUGGGGUCAUAACCUCAACGAUCUGCAAACGAUGAUUAUUUUGCGGUGCCUGCGUGUGGACCGGCUCAAUUUUGCGCUGACCAAGUUCAUCACGGCAUCGCUCUCGUCGCAGGGCCAGUACGUGGAGCCACCGACGCUGGAUCUCGCGGCGGCGUUCCGGGACUCGUCGCCGACGAUCCCGCUCAUCUUUGUGCUCUCGCCGGGAGUGGACCCGUCGUCUGCGCUGCAGCAGCUUGUGGAGGAGCGCGGGAUGAAGGGUAAGUUCCGGGCGCUUGCGCUCGGGCAGGGCCAGGACGCCAACGCGGCGUCUGCAAUUGCGCAAGCGAUGGACAAGGGUCACUGGGUCUUCCUCGCCAACUGUCAUCUGAUGAUCAACUGGCUGCCGAUACUGGAGAAGAUUGUGCUCUCGCUGGAAGCAGCCGAGCCACACGCCGACUUUAGGCUGUGGCUCUCGUCCAAGCCGUGCGACGGGUUCCCGAUUUCUGUCCUGCAGCGGUCUGUCAAGAUGACGACCGAGCCGCCACAGGGUCUCAAGGCGAACCUCAACCGGCUGCUGACGGGCGUGGUGACCGAGUCGAUGCUGGAGGGCUGCUCCAAGUCGGGCUCGUUCAAGAAGCUCCUCUUUGCGCUCUGUUGGUUCCACUCGCUCCUCCUGGAGCGGCGCAAGUUCCUUACGCUCGGCUUCAACAUCCCGUACGACUUUAACGACUCGGACUUUCACGUCUCUGCACAGCUGCUCUCUGUGUAUCUGGACCUGGCCAAGGCCGGGACGACGCCUUGGGAUGCGCUCAAGUACCUCAUUGCCGAAGUCAACUACGGCGGGCGUGUCACGGACGCGCGCGACCGGCGGCUGGUGCGGGUCUACAUGAAGGAGGUGUUCCGACCGGACGUGUUGACCGAGCCGAUGGCGCCGCUGGUGCCGCACCUCUCGCUGUACUACGUGCCGGAAGAUGGGCCGCUCAGCUCGUACCGCAAGUACGUGGCGACGCUGCCGCACGUCGACCGCCCGGAGGCGUUUGGGCAGCACACCAACGCGGGCAUCUCGUCGCAGAUCAAGACCUCGGAAGAGCUACUGGCGACGUUGGUUUCGCUCCAGCCGCGGGUGGCGGUGUCGGGUGCACCGUCGCGCGAGUCUGUGGUCCUCCACAUGGCGGAGGACAUCCUGGAGCGACUUCCGCUGGAGAUUGUGAUCGAAGACGCCGCGGUGUCGUCCACCAUGUCUGGCGAGCCGCAUCCGCUCGAGGUGGUGCUGGUGCAAGAGGUGGGCCGGUACAACAAGCUGCUGCGUGUGAUGCGCGCGUCGCUGGAGGAGCUUGUGGACGGGAUCAACGGACUGGUGGUCAUGUCGACAGAGAUGGAUGAGACGUUCUCGUACAUGUUUGAUGGGCGUGUGCCGCCGGCAUGGUCGUUUGCGUACCCAUCGCUCAAGCCGCUGGCGUCAUGGACGCGCGAUCUUGCCGACCGGAUCUCCAUGUUCCAGAACUGGGCGCUCGGCGAGGUGCCGCGGACGUUCUGGCUCGGUGGCUUUACCUUCCCAGCGGGCUUCCUCACCGCGCUGCUGCAGACGUCUGCUCGCAAGAACAACGUGGCAAUUGACGCGCUCUCGUGGGAGUUUGUGGUCCUCUCACCGGCCGACUCUGCGGCGGUGCUCGAGCCGCCGAUCGAGGGCGCGUACAUCUCGGGGCUCAUGCUCGAGGGUGCGGGAUGGGAUCCGACGGGCUCGCUUGUGGAGCCGCGGCCGAUGCAGCUUGUCUCGCCGAUGCCGCUCGUCCACUUUAAGCCGGUCAUUACCAAGAAGCGCGCGUCGAAGAAGGAGAGCUACCCGUGCCCGGUGUACGUGUACCCGUGGCGGGCAGCCGACGGAUGCUUCCUGCUCAACGUCGACCUGCGGUGCUCGAAGAAUGCCGACUGGUGGAUCAAGCGCGGCGCGGCGCUGCUGCUUUCGCUGGCAGAGUGA